GCAGCUAGCAGCCAGCGGCUAUCCGCGUCGGGGACGAGGCGUAUUGACAUGAAAAAGUUUAGAAACACGGAUCCUCGUCCUGAGUAGGCUCGAGAGCGGCGUUCGGCGAAACCUCAGACGGCCGUCGAAACCAUGGGUCGUGACUGGCUUUCGUAAGAUCGAGUUGUUUGUGUCAGUUGGAGCUUCAAAUGUGCGAAAAGUCGCUCGGUCUCUCCUCGUCGUUGAACAAGAUGGCAGCAGCAACAGCAGCAUCGUUGCAGGAUUUGACUGUGGUGCGGGUCCUCGUUGCUAGCCUGUUCCUUGACGCUCUGGGUGAUAAAAUUUCCUGGUCUUACUGAAGGUAUGGCCUCACAAGUCUUGGUCUACCCAUCACACCUGCACUCAGCUCAAACAAGUGCCUUAGGAACCAGCAGAAGUGGUACCAGCAGACACACAGGCGAAGCCCACCGCAGUAAUAACACCAGCAGAGCCUUUCAGCACCGACCCCCACCCAAGACCUACGUGAUCGGAGUCAACUACGGAAUUGCCUUUCCCAACAACGUUAUCCCAUCCUCAGCCGGUGCUGAUUCAGGAAGACGGCACAGGGGAUUGCAGCUUGAAGACAGGGAGGAGUGGGCAGCGCAGACAGCGGGAUUACAGAGAGAGGAGAGCUUUGAGCUUCAAAGAGAAGAUCCAGCUGGGAUCCAGGAUCAGGAGCAGAGCAGAGGCCUACAGGAAGUGAGACCUCGCAGGAACAGCGGUGGAACUCCAUCAGGAGGAGGCUUGGACUGUGGGCUGCUGAGGAGGGCCUGUAUCAGAGCAGAGGAGGAAGAGGGCCGAAGCAGAAGAGUACAAGCGAGAGGGGGAUACGUUAGCCUUCUAGACACAGGCGCCACCCAGAGAUGUGAACUGAAGGCAGGUGAAAAUAGAGAACAACCGCGGGAGAACAACUGCAUUGGAAACAUGCAGAUAGUGGAGGAGGUAUCUGCCCUACCUUCACUUCCUCCCCCUGUGGCCAUGUUGCAAACCAGCACUGGGAACAAUGCAGACACUGUCAGAGUAGGGGGCGGAGGAACACUGCCAGCUCAACAGAGCACGGUUGAUGGAGUGACUGGCAUGGGAAUCGGGGUUGACGGGACCGAAAUCAGGCGUAACGGUAGUACUGAGGCAGUGGCAGGAGCUACAGUCUCCAGAGCUGGAUCAGGAGAUGGCGACUACCAGUUGGUUCAGCAUGAGGUCCUGUGUUCCUUGAAGAACAGCUACGAGGUCUUAGAGUUUCUGGGUCGUGGCACCUUUGGUCAGGUGGUGAAGUGCUGGAAGAGGGGAACGAAUGAAGUAGUGGCUGUAAAAAUACUGAAGAACCAUCCAUCCUAUGCACGUCAGGGACAGAUUGAGGUGGAGAUCCUGGCCCGGUUGAGCAGUGAGAACGCAGAUGAGCACAAUGUGGUGCGCGCUCUGGAGUGCUUUCAGCAUCGCAGCCACACCUGCCUGGUGUUUGAGAUGCUGGAGCAAAACCUCUAUGACUUCCUGAAACAGAACAAGUUCAGCCCACUUCCACUCAAAAUCAUCAGGCCUAUUCUACAGCAGGUGGCAACAGCCUUAAAGAAGCUAAAGUCUCUGGGUUUGAUCCACGCCGACCUGAAGCCAGAGAACAUCAUGCUGGUGGACCCCUCCAGGCAGCCCUACAGAGUCAAGGUCAUCGACUUUGGCUCAGCCAGCCAUGUCUCCAAGGCUGUGUGCUCCACUUACCUGCAGUCCAGAUACUACAGGGCACCAGAGAUUAUUUUGGGCCUGCCAUUUUGUGAGGCCAUAGACAUGUGGUCGCUGGGCUGUGUGAUAGCUGAGCUCUUCUUGGGUUGGCCUCUCUACCCCGGAGCGCUGGAGUAUGACCAGAUCCGGUACAUCUCUCAGACUCAGGGCCUGCCUGCCGAGCAGCUGCUCAACAAGGGGACCAAGACCUCUCGUUUCUUCUCCAAAGAAUCAGACUCUCCCUACGCCUCCUGGAGACUAAAAACGACAGAAGAGCAUGAGAAAGAGACGGGGCUUAAAUCCAAAGAGGCCAGAAAGUACAUCUUCAGCUGUCUGGAUGACAUAGCACACGUGAACUUGGUGCUGAGUCCUGAUAACAGUGACAUGCAAGCAGAGAAGGCAGACAGGAGGGAGUUUGUGUCUCUGCUGAAGAGCAUGCUGCUGAUCGAUGCUGAGGACAGGACCGUUCCCUCAAAUGUCCUCAUUCACCCCUUCCUCACUAUGACUCAUCUGCUGGACUACCCACAUAGUAACCAUGUGCAGUCAUCUUUCCGCAUCAUGGACAUGUGCCACAGCCGGCCCACCAAUGCAGUUUUUGACGCUCUCAACCAGAACACCAUUCAUUUCUCAAGACCUCCUGUGGCCCCCGCUGCCUCCUCUGGUCUCCCCUUGGGCUACAGCAACAUACCAGUCCACACUCAGGCUAUAACCCAGUCAGCUCCCUCAGUGUUGCACCCAGGGAUAGCUCUAACUACCGGGAACGGUCAGUUUGGGUGCAGUGACUCGUUCCCACCUGCCCUUCUUCUUUGUCCUCCCACCAUGCAAGGUAACCUUAAUCAGCCAGCAGGGUUUUCUGUUCCCAUGGUAACUCAGGCCCCUCCCAUACAACCCCUGACAGUGAGACCUGGUGUAAUAGCUCAGCAGGCCUGGUCCAACCGGGGGCAGCAGCUCCUCGUCCCAGCAGCCUGGCAGCAGAUGGCUCCAGUGGGUCCACCUCCCUCUCACCCCCCUCCACCACCCCCGUCCUCCCUAACCAACGACACCACAGCUGGCCCACAAAGGAUCGGCGACUGGGGGAAAGUGCGUCCCCACAGCAACCACUACAGUUCGGUGCUUCAGCAGCCUCUCCUGACAAAUCAGAUGCCAGCACUCUCUGCCCAUCAGCCAAUCAACAUUGGCAUAGCUCAUGUUGUGUGGCCCCAGCCAGCCAAUAAAAGGAACAGACACAGUCACAACAGGAACCUGUCCCACUCCAAUAACAUCCACAUAUCAGCAUGUCGGACCCCCAAGAUGGCUGUUGUUGUUGGACAGGCCAUGCCAGGAAGGGAGCAGCCCCAGAGGGAGGUGCCUCUGGUGGAAACCAGGCAACUGGAAGUUCAGAACACAGAUGAGGAGGAAGAUGAUGCAGAAGAGGAGGAAGUGAGCUGCUUCAAAGAGAUGGUGCCAAAUGGUAACAGACAGCUGGACCUGUCCAGUCAACAGCAGCGAGACGUGGCAGUCCUGAUGGGUGACACACCAAGCCCUGCUCCCAGUGUGAUCAGCAUCCGCAGUGAACUGACUGACGGAGAGGACGAGGAUGAAGAUCCUCAGAGGUGCCGCCUGAGCGAGUGUAAAGAGGAGUGUGUGUGUGAGGCAUGCAGAAACACCAGUGUGUCCAUGGAGAGAGUGUGUUCCCUCAGCAGCCCUGACAGCAGCCUCAGCACCAACUCUUUUGCCUCCAACUCACUUCAGUCCAGCCCCUCUGUUUCACCAUGCAAGAGACCUAACAGCAUGUCUGAGGAUGAUGGCCACGAGAGCGGCUGCGAGACAGUGGAAGGUUCCCCCACGUCUGACACUUCAACCUCUCCGCGUGGCAAUAGCCACUACCGUUACCUUGACAACAGUAACCACAACAACCGCCCACCUUUGGCUUCCAUGGUAGCACCGCUGCCUUCCCCUGCAGUGCAGGGCAGGAGUCCCCGUGGUGUCAGGACAAUGGUGGUCCCACCAAUGAGAGUGCAGAACAACAACAGUCAGGGGACAGAGGAGCGUCUCCAGAGAACAGCCUCAGAGUCCUGGUCCCGCUCCAAAGGGCGCUGCAGUCUCAUAGGACAACAGAGCACUCCCUCCUCUGCCCCCCUCCUCCCAUCCGCCCCCCACCUGUCCCGGCAGCAGAAGGUAACAGGGCAGCAUCAGGCCCCUCUGGCCUUUGGGCAGGUGCCUUACGGUUCAAACCACAGCAACAAAGAGUGGAACGGCAACUAUGGGCCACUGCGACCGCACGCCUACAUUCCCCCUACUGUCCACACACACACCUUCACACACCUGCCGCACGGCAGCCCCACGCACACUUCGGCCGCUCCGCAUACACACACCCAGGGCCUGCCCACGCACACCCUGCUGUCAUACCCUCCCAGCGGCCCCCUCACCACCGCCCACCACCCCCACCCCCACCCCAUCCUGCCCUCUCGCCCUCCUCCUCCCCCUCUCCUCCAGCACAGCUACAGCCUCUCCCACCCCCAAGGAGGCGCUAUAGUUCACCAGGUAACCCUGGGCAUCAGCGCCCACCCCCACCACCCUGGACAUGCCGCUCCCCACCCACACAGGCUCCUCCCCUCCCCUACCAUCCACCCGCACCACCAGCCCAGCUAUGGUCACCACCCCCACCAGUUCAAGCCUCCCUUCCCGCCUCCGCCACCCCCUCCUCACCCUUACAUGGCCUCCCCGGCUGCCUACACAGGCUUCCCUCUGAGCCCCACCAAGCUCAGCCACCACCCCCAGUUCUCUUACAUCUGAGGACCAGGACGGGGCUGCAGCAGUACCUUCUGGUGAGGAGGGGCAAAGGAAAAUGGACUGGGGCUGCGACCUGGGCUGGUAGAGCGAGCAGCAGAGCACAAAACGGACACUUGUGAUGAUGAAGAUGAGGAAUACGAAAAUAUGGUUAACAAGAGGAGGAUGGAUAACAAUGUGUGUGUCACAGGGGAUUGAGAAAGAAACACAAAAGUCAUGCUGAAGAUAAUGUUUUAUGGUGUUUCGAGGACAGAGAAAUUUACAGCCUCUGUAAUCUGGAGGUUCAAGUCAAAAGUCAAGAGCAACUUCAGAUAUGAAAGACUUCCUGCGAAAUCAUGUCAGCCAGCGGAGGAAACGAUGAUUGAUUAAGACUGCAAAGAUUUACUGGAGAGCACUGCAAGAGUGCAUGAAUUCAUAAAUGACAGUGAUAAGGAAAUUGGAAUUAAGAAUGUGUCCUUUGCACAUUACCUCCUGUCAUUUGUUGUUCAGUAGUGUUCAGAGAAUAUGAUCUGAUUAGAGGCUGGAAAUCAUUUGCUGUUGUUGCUGUCAGAUGGCUCAGCCUCCCCUUCCCUUUAUCUUUGUUGCCUUGUAGCAUGUGCUAGCCGGUCAGAUCUGUUUGUUAAGCCAUCCCAGUCUGUAUUAACCAGGAUCCAAUGCUCCUGUCUUUGUUUCAGGCAGACGUUGCUGCUGCCGCCGUCUCCUAGUGCCUUAAAACCAGAGUCUUUGACGUUACUUCAGGAGCUUAUAGAUUGUAAAUUUAAAUGGGCUUGCGGCACUUAACCUUCAGACUCUGAUUACGACGGGCUUAUUGGAUAAAUACGAGGGUAAUGCUUGUGGUUAUGUUUUAAUAUUUGGCAAAUGUUGGACUUCAGUUUGCUUUCUAACUCAGAGUAUGGAUUUACUUUAGCUAGAGGCUGCACAUUUUAGGGCUUUGACUGAAUGAGCUUUUUAUGUACAUAAAGAGUGAUUUGAUAUUUUGAUAAUCGAUUUCUAUUCACUAUAAGUACUUAAUUCAUAACAGUAUUGUCACUGUUUACUGUAACUGCAAUACAAUCUAGAUAGCCUCUGGGUUGCUGUGUUUUUAUUAUUUUGCAUUUAGGUUAGACUUGCAGUAAUGCAUUUUCUGUUUUAGAAUUUUGGGAGUGGCGUAGACUAAUAAAAAUAAGAUUGUUUUAUGUUUUUACUUUUAAAUGCUUGUCAGUGUUUGAAAUAACCUAUCAGCUUACAGUAUCAUCGCUGGGCUAUUGAGUGUUAGAGGUGUACUGGUAAUUGUUUCAGAUAUUUGUGUGAGAUGAACCUUUUGUCCAUGUAUUGAAGCCUGUUGUCAGUUUUGAUACAUUCCUUCAGGGUGGAUGCAUAGCCUUGAUUUGUUUUUCUUUUUUUUUGGGUUUUGUGUUUUUGAUUUCCAGUGUGAAGUAGAGCUUCGUCUUUACCUGUCUUCAUAUCAACUGGUAUUUUACUCCAAUCAGCACCAAAGACUGUUCAUUAAUCAUUUCUGAAGCAUGGUCGAAACGAUUUCUCCUUUCACCUCCAGCAUACUGUUGCAGUUAUCAGCAUUGGAAUAUAUUGUGAGAUCUCUAUUUUAAAGAUGAGGUUGAGGUUUUAUUUUUCUGAGCUAUCUUUGGCAAAUUGUAUUUGGAAUGUAUAGAUAAUAAGCUGCUAUGUACUGAUUAUCUGCCACUUCGUAGCUGUGAAUUUAGAGGAUUAAUCUCAUUCUAUCCUGCAUUCUCUCUUUUGUAUUGUAGUUCUGACAACUAGAUACAAUAGAAGUGGGUUUUAUUUUGAUCAUAGAGUAUAUUGAUUGCUAUCCCUAUAUGCUAGUGCCUCUGUAUAUUGGCUUUGUUGUUUUGAAGUGAUUGUAAACUGCUGUAAAUGGAAGGUAUGAGUUUUCUUUUCUUUUUUUUUAUUCUGUUGCUUUUUGGUGUGCGUGUGUGUGUGUGUUCUUUUUUUUUGUGCGUGUAUUUAGAAUCAGUAUUUCAAAUGUAGGCUGGGUUCACUCUUGGAUUCUGUAACUGGUGUGUCAUUGAUGUAUUAUUGUUUUUCUAGUUUUUCCUCUGAUGACAUGGCUUUUAUUUCCGUUACUGGACUGUAUUUGCAACUCUUCGUACUGUACAACUAGUGCCUUUCUUCAAACAAAGUGGCUGAAAGAUGACGUCUCGCAUUGAUAUCAAAGCAGUCUAAGAAAUUUGUUGACUGACUCCUCCUAAGGGGAUCAGUUCCUGUGUUCACAUCACAAAACCCCAAAGUUGUUUGUACGACUAAGAUGAGGUCUGAAAACAAUCUCUCUUUUUUACAGAAUCCUAAGAAAGUACGUGUCAGGGAACGUCUUGUUGUUGCUCACCAAGAACACCGUGCAGUACUCAGAAACAUAGGGCCUGAAAACACACAAAUGCAGAGCUUUAUUCUCACACCGUGAAUGUAUUUGUGGAACUCGAGACAUAUGUUUUUGGUUUGCAGAUGAUGAGUUGUUUGUUGUGUUUCUGAUGGCUACACAGCGUUUUUCUCUCUCAGUUUGUGAUUGGGAUGUUUGAUAGUUCUUGUAUGCAGCUAUUACCAUUGGUAGACGUCACCAUGUGUUUCAGUCAGGGGCUCUUUCAAAAUGCUUUAUCCAUCAAUCAUACUGAAAGUCUUCGGUCCAAAGUCGUCCCAUCCUCAUCUACUCAUUGUACUGCUUUGUUAUGGUUUUGCUUUUUUGCUUAAGUAAUGGGUUUAUUUUGUGUGUUUGUCUAAAUGUGUUACUGUGUUGAUGAUCCUUAAACAAACGAGAGGAUGCGCACUGUUCAGCUUGGAGUGCAGUGUAGAAUUAUAACCCGUGGGUGUGUGUCGUGGCACAGUAACCUGUACUUAACUGGCAUCAUUUGUUAACCCUGUGGUGUGCUGCCUCUCUCGUCGAUUCCCCGCAUCUCCAUUCUUUGCGUCAGCUCAGCACCUGUGAUGAGAUGAACACAUGUUCCACCUCUCAGUGAUGCAGGGCACCGUGACCCCUCACCUCAUUGGGCUGAUUGUGUAGGUUAGAUAAUCCCACCUCCCUGCAGCUUUACACUUACCGUUGCAUCAUCAAAGUCACCAGAGGGUCACACAGACCCAGAUCCAAAGCUCAACAAGCACACGGGGGGCCCAGCAGCCUUAAGUCACAAAGCAGGCCUAAGUACUCUUCAGAUACCCUUAAAACAUGAGGGCAAAUUUGAGCUUUCAGCAACUUGAGUGCCUUUAUCAGGCAUUAAAAACCAGUCCCUGUUAACAAAUGACAGUAAAUAACUAUUCGAUCCUUCGGUAUUUGGCUCCCGGAGAUGAGUGUUUAGGUCCCAGGCCUGCUUUUAUUGGGCCCCCACAUGUUAAAAACUACCAACCUACCAAAAAAGGGUCAUCUCAUUUGGGUACUGGGCUGAAAAAUAAAAAAAUGUGUGAAAUUCGACUCCUAAGACACGUUGUAGGUAGAUUUUGUACCACAGCUAUCUAAUUAUCAUGUUGACCUUUAUUGUAUUUAGACACAAACAUGUAGACAUGAUUGCUAAAUUGAAACUGUUCAUGUUCUCAGUAUGUGUAGAUUUGUGUGGCUUUAUGAUUUUUUUUUAUGAUUUUUUUUUUUCCUUAAAUGCUACACUAGUUUGACAUGUAGCAACUGCACUGUGCAAUAUAAAACAAUAUGAGGACUGGGAAAAUGAUAAUUGUUUGGAUGUAAUAAUGUGUCUUACCAGUUUGCGUUUGUUUUCUUUCCCCCUCCCCUCUAGUUCUCAGUGAGUUUCAGUGUGACCAAGCCUUAUGUACUUUGUCACAAAAAGCGGGUCCUUCUUGGUGACUCUUAUUGGUGAGUGUCAAAUUAUGAGUUGAUGGUGUACUAUGUCAAGAUUCACUUUGAAUUUAAAAAAAAAAAAAAAAAAUCUUUUGCUUCAUUCACUGUUUGUCGUCUUUGUUGAUACAGAAGUCAGGUAUUGGGUGUUGAUUGUGAACCAGCAAACAUUUACUGGCAUCUAGCAUCAGUGGACAAAUAUGCUGAUUCAUAUGGAUAUUUAUGACAUUUACAAAUAAGGUUUUUUUCUCUGUAGCUCUUUACUUACAUGAGUCAGCCACAUCAGUCAUUCAGUGUGUGGCUACAAUAAAGGGCAUCGUAGUGUCUAAAGUGACCUCUUAAAGUUUCAAUACAGUGAUGAUUAUAUUUCUGAACAAAGAAAGAAAUACAGCUUUAUAUCAGCUUCAAAAAGAUGAACAACCUGUAACAGUUAUUAAUGUUAGACAGAUUGUUUUUUUAAGAAACACAUUUUAAUGAGGAUCCCUUAAAUUAUUUUUUAAGAACUGUGACCGAUAUGUUUAAUAACUCUGAAAUUUUGUAAUUGAAAAGUAAACCUGUCA